GCGGAAAUGAUUUGGCUCGGGCCUAAAUCUAAUUAUUUCCACAGUGAUAGCUGCCACAUUUUUAAUGAGGAAGUGUGUGGAGCUUCUGAAGGAUGGAUUUGCGACCUCAAACACUGAAAAUAGAUCUACUGCAGCUUUAAAUUUGCAAUAAAAGUAAAUAUUCAGUGGUGAGCAGAGAGAUAAAUGACAAGUAAGUGUACAGAAGUGAAACUGACUUCCCAAAUAACGGACGUGGCAUUGCAUGAGAAGAGUAAAACCACACUGACCACGUUUCUGUUUUUCUCAUUUGCAUGUAAUUGUGGUGCUGAGAUGUAUCUCCCAUUAAAAUUUUUUUAGCACGACCGCUCUAAAAACUCUGCCAAACAAAGCCUCUCUCAUCUGUUUUAAUAGGUAUCGUAAAUUAGUAUCAUAAAUUGUCACACUGUUUUCCUUCCUGAAGAUUUAUCUGCGUGAACCUACCUUGAACCAGUCCUUCUUUUCUGCGGAGCCUCUUUCUUAUCUAUCUAUCUUUCACGUCAUUAAAGUGAAUGGAGGCAUUGUUAGAAAAUGUGUCGCUUUAUUCUCCGAGAUCUCGUAACUGCUUUCAGAAUCAACUCACAGAGGUCUUGCCAGUAGAUGUGAGGAUAUGAACCACAAACAAUCAAACGCAAUGACUGUGACGAAACCUGAAAGACCUGUUCAUCUCUGCACUGCUCUUGUAUAAGCAUUUGAAUAAUUUGAUUUACGGGAAAGGAGGAUGUAGUUUAGUUUCAGGGUUUGAAAGGGUUUUAGUAGCGAGUCUGCAUGCAGCAUGUGACGUUGUUUUCAGUGUUUAAGAGAUGAUGGGACUUUAUUUUCUGCUCAAACUCACAGUCUCUGCUAUUUUACUCUGCAGUAGACCAGCAGGUGGCUAUGUAUAUCAGAUGAUAUAUGACUGUGAGUAUGGUGACAACAUCACCGACAUGGUCUUCUUUGUAAAAAACAUAUUUAACCAGAAGAUUAACACCCAGUAUGACUCUCGGGUUGGGAAGUAUGUCGGCUUUGGAGAAUAUGGCAUGACGAACGCUGCCCAUUAUAACAGCCAGCAGUGGAAAAUGGAUGAAAGAAAAGCUCAAGUGGAGACUCUUUGCAGAUACAACGCAAGAUUAUUCAGAAGGAGCACACUGGAUCGAAAAGUGCGUCCGACUGUCAAGGUCCAUGAGCCCGAGCCAGCUGACUACGGGAAGCGGUCCAUGCUUGAGUGCAGCGCUAUGGGGUUCUUCCCUCAGGAAGUGAGGCUGAGCUGGCUGAGAGACGGCGUAGAGGUCACCACUGAUGUGUCGUCUACAGAUGUCUUGGCCAAUGGGGACUGGAGCUUCCAGCUGCACUCUUACCUGGAGUUCACACCCAGAAGAGGGGAGAGGGUGAGCUGCAGGAUCAACACAAUAAAACAUGACAACGUUCCCUCUAGAGUGCUUGCCCCCGCCUCUCAGACAGACAGAGUCCUCCAUUGUUCCGAUGUGACAUGA